GGACUUCUCACUUCAUUCAUCAUUUAUCAUCGUUACUUGUUUUCUCUUUCUUAUUAUUAUCAUUUGGCCUUUUCCGUUUUGGUGGUGAAAUGCGAAUUUAGGGACCAGUUUUGGUUUUACUCUCGUGUGUCUUGGUGAGUUUGUGAUAUGUUUGGGAAAUAAUGGCGCACACGCAAAGAAAUUGAAAGGUAGCCAAAAUACAAACGACCCUCCUUUGUUUGAUGCAUGCACGUCUGGUCCCUUGAUCAUGACUACUGAGACUCUCUUUGCAUGUCGUUUUUCAGACCCCUUUUGAUUCUAUUCUCUCUAACAGGGCGACAAAGCCGGGGAAAAAGUGACCAUUCCCAUAUUCAGUUUUUCUCUCUUUUCUUUUUUUUUUCCUUUCUUCUCCAAAUUUCUCACUGGUUUAUGAAUGGAGGUCACGGAGGUAUAACCAACAACAAUAGAGAGAGGGGUUUCAUGGAAACUUGUUCCCAGUUUAUGGUCUCUGACUCUGCACAUAAAAGUUAAUUUAUUGACUGCAGUUUUGCACAUGUCUCGUACACUGUAGUAGUAGUACAACACCGCAGAUAAGCAUAGAAUUGGUUUAAUUUGAAUUUUGAUGUUGUCUACUCGAAGUUAUGGCACUGUCCCUUCAGAAUAAAAAUGAACCAUGGUGAUAAAGAGAUCCAUGCAAAGCAUCUUCUAGUGACUGACAAGCUCUGAUUCUGAUGGCAUUUUCUAGUUCCUCACCAUCUAUACCAGAAAAAUACAAGAAACUCGUAUCAUCUUUCUUCAGUUCUCCAAAGCUAUUCGCCAAUUUCACAUCGAAAGUGUUGUGUGAAACUGAGGCUAUGAUGAGUCCAACCUCCAUACUUGACACCAAGCCCUUCUCUGGCUUGAAGAACCCUUUUUGGUCAGAAACAAACAGCCCCAGAACUCCAGUUGGUGAACACAAGCGUUAUUGGGAUAAGUUGGAUUCAAAGGGGCUUGUUGAUGCUCUUGGUGAAAUAACAUCAAAGUCACAAAGCAGAAUGAUUCUGUUUGGAUCCCAGCUCAAGAUUCAGAACCAUCCUCCCCUGGCCCAUUCAACACUUUCUCCAUCUCUAUCUCCUAAAUCUGCGUUUGGGUGUGCCAAUUCAGCUCUUGAAACCUCCAAAUCUCCGAGAGUUUUCUCUGCUAGUGAAAUGGAGCUUUCAGAGGACUACACUCGAGUGAUUUCCCACGGGCCUAACCCUAGAACUACUCACAUAUUUGAUAACUGCAUCAUUGAGAGUCGCUGUUUUGAUGUUGGAUGCUCUUCUUCUCCCUUGGAAAAUGUGUUUCUUCCUCCUCACAUCAGCUACCCCUCCGAGACCUUCAUGAGCUUCUGUUUUUACUGCAACAAAAAUCUUGGGCAGGAUAUGGACAUCUACAUGUACAGGGGAGAGAGGGCAUUUUGCAGCCGUGAAUGCCGUGACCAGGGAAUGAUGUUGGAGGAAGGUGGAGAUAUGCAUAUGGGACAUAGUUGAGUUCCUUUCCCGAUGCUUUGCUUCAAAGAGCUUAUAUAUAGUAACUGUUUCACUUUUAUUAGUUGCCUUGCCUUGAUUCAUUUUUGGGACAUAAAAGUGGUCCUUCCCUUGAAGAUCCUGGAUCACUGUACCUGGUUUUGUUCUUUCUCUUUCUCGGUGGUAGUCCUGUAGAAGGUGAAAAAGAUUGAAAAUGGAGAGAAGAUUUUUGUAGAAACGAUGAAUUAGGAGCAUGCUAUUUGGUUUUGCAUUGCUCUUAAAGCAAUUCACAGUGAUAAUACUAUGAUUACCCACGUAGGACCAAUCGCAUCAUGUCAACUAGAUUUUUUGAGGAUCUGUGAUUAGUGUGGGAACAGUUUUCUGACUGCAUUUGAGGAAUGAUUCUGUGCAAAUUUCGAAAUGGAGAAAUGGAAGAGGCCAAUUUGUGGUUUAUCUUGACAAAAGAAGAAGAUAGUGACAAUUAACGUCGUACCUUUAUUUGGUUGAUUGGUAGUUAUUGUAGUGAAGCACAUCUUUGUCCUUAUGGCUGCUACCAAUAAAUUUCACAACCCUUGUUCUUCAUGUGGUAAAUUUUAUAUUUUUUUAUAUCUUUUUCUUUUCCGUCAAAUUAUUGAUCUCAUUUAUCAA